AUGGAAGAGUUAAAUAUUGAGAUAAUUCCUAUUGUAAGUGAAGAAGAAACUAGAGAAUUAAUAAAAGAGAAAUGUAUUGUAGGAAGGGUUAUUGAAAAAAAAAUGACAGGAGCAAUAAUGAAAGAAAUACAAGAGCUUCCAAUAGGAAUGAAUCAUUUAAAAAGGAUAAGACGUUAUGAAGGGCAACUAGAGAUAAUAAUUUGUAAAAUAGAAGAAGAAGAAAAUAAAAAAGAAGAAGAAAUAAUAAAAGAAUGGAAAACAGAAGAGAGUAAUAUUCAAAUGAUACAAAAAUUAGAAGGGAUCGACAUUAAUUCAAUUAAAGUCAUUGAAGUACCAAAGUAUGCACCGGUUAACAAAGAACAAUAUAAAACAUUUUCAAAAAUUUGGCCAUGUAAUUUAUUUCCACCUUCAUUGCCAACACCAAAUAUUGAAAACGAAGAAAUAACUUAUGUUAAGGAAAUGAUUAACAAAUUAAAUGUUGAUCAAAGAAUUGAAACUAAAACAAAAAACGAAGAAUUAAAAUGUGAUAAAAGAUGUAUUUCUUUAGUUUGUAAUGCGAAUAAAAGAAUUGAAACUAUUCAAAAGGAUACUACAAUAGAAUCUAAUCACCCUUUACUUCAUGCUCCUUUUAAUGCAUUACAAUCAAUUCCUCUUAACCACAAACACUAUUUAUGUACUGGUUUUGAUCUUUUUACUACACACGAACCUUGUUUAAUGUGUGGAAUGGCUUUAUUACAUUCAAGAUUUGGAAGAGUAUUUUUUAUUCAUCAACAUAAAACAAACGGUGCAUUUACUGUUCAUCAUUUAAAUAAAAAGAAACAACUUAAUCAUCACUUUAAUGUUUAUCAAAUAAAAUUUAUUUAA